AUGACGCUGGGCGGCGAGACGACCGAGCUUGGCCUAUCUGGGAAAGAUGGAAACGGUAUGGUAUCUGCCUCCGAAAGGCUGCCUGACCAGGCCUCCCACCCGGUGCCUGAGAUCCAGCGCCAGAGCAAUACCGGCACACCCGAGUCCUCAGCAACAGCCCAUGCGCGAUCUGCUUGCGACCUCACUACGGCCAUGGCGGCAGCUGACAUUGCUCCCCAAUUCGGGGCGGAGCUCAAGGAUAAUUUCAAGCCGGUCAAUGCCUGGGUAUCGAAUGGUAUAGUGUGGCUCGAUGAGAUCCAACAAUUUUACCGCGAGCGCAGUGCCAUUGAAAAGGAAUACGCAGCCAAAUUGAGUGGGCUGUGCCGGAAAUACCAAGAUCGCAAAUCCAAGAAGAUCAGCUCUCUGAGCGUCGGCGAUACCCCUACGUUAACCCCCGGUUCCCUCGAGAGCGCAUCCUUGACAACCUGGACAACCCAAUUGAACUCGAUCGAAUCGCACGCGGCAGAGCGAGACAAGUUCGCGACGGAUUUGCUAGGGCACGUGGCCGAGCCUCUGAAGCAGGCCGCCUCUCAAUUCGAGGAAAUUCGCAAAUCCCAUGCUGAAUACCACGCCAAGCUCGAGAAAGAACGUGAGGCCGCUUAUGGCGAGUUGAAGAAGGCAAAGGGGAAAUAUGACGGGGCUUGCCAGGAAGUGGAAUCGCGACGUAAGAAGACGGAGUCCUCUUUUGAUCAUGGAAAAGUCAAGGCCCAGACAGCAUAUCAACAGCAAAUCCUGGAGAUGAACAACUACAAGAAUCUCUACCUUAUCCGCAUCAAUGUGACCAAUAAGCUCAAGGAAAAGUUCUUCCAUGAAUAUGUCCCUGAUGUUCUGAAUGGGUUACAAGACCUCAAUGAGAUCAGGGUCAAAAGGCUGAAUGCCUUGUGGUGUCUUGCAGCGCAGCUCGAGAAACAAGCGAUCACAAACAGUCUCAAUCACUGCACAAAUCUCCUAAAUGAGAUUCCUCGCAACGACCCGCGCCUCGACUCGAUGAUGUUCCUUCAACAUAACGUGUCACAAGCCCAGGAACCCGCGGACAUGGGCUUCGAACCCAGUCCGGUUUGGCAUGACGACGCCUCCAUCAUCACGGAUGAGGCAGCCAAAGUCUUUUUGCGCAAUGUUCUUGGGAAGAGCAAGGCCCAGGUGCGCGAGCUACGAGUGGAAGCUGACAAGAAGCGACGGGAGGUGGAGAACAGCAAAAAGGCACGUGAGGCUAUUCAGCAGGGCAAGGACAAGCGCAGCGAGGUGGAAGCGGUCCGAGGCAUCUUCUAUCUGCAAGAGGCCUUGCAUGAAGUUGAACGGAAGUGGGUGACGGCAGAAGUUGAAACAGCAACCAUCAUCUCCGUCGCUGGAGAUUUAUCUCUGGGAGCCAAGAACCACAAUUUCCGCUCGCAAACCUUCAAGAUUCCCACCAACUGUGACCUCUGUGGUGAGCGAAUCUGGGGUCUCUCCGCCAAGGGCUUUGACUGCCUGGACUGUGGCUAUACCUGCCACAGCAAAUGUCAGAUGAAGGUCCCCGCUGAAUGCCCUGGCGAACAAUCGAAGGAGGAGAAGAAGAAACUGAAGGUCCUGCGGCAAGAACAGGCGGGGGCUGCCCCGGCGGCCGAUAAUGGAUCGCCUUCUGCAUCCCAUGCGGCACCCUCUCUCACUCGUCAGAAUACGAUGAAUUCGCUGAGCUCGGGGUAUGCCGCCAGCACUGCGCGGUCCAUGUCGACCACCAACGUGGGAGCCUCCGCUUCGACCGAAAAUGCGCCCGAUUCAUCUCCAGCUGCGCCACCGGCCGCCAAGUCUACCGGUGCUGCCAAGCGCAACCGAGUAUUGGCCCCUCCCCCAACCGCCUACGUAAGUGCACCGCCGAGCACCGAUCUCUCCUCGGCUUCCAAAUCCUCAGAACCUCGAGGAAAGAUGAUCUAUGCGUUCCAAGCGACGGGAGCCGACGAAGUGACUGUACAAGAAGGGGAGGAUGUGAGCAUUGUAGAGCCCGACGACGGGUCUGGUUGGAUGCGUGUCCGGGUCGGCUCUCAGGAGGGUCUGGUCCCAUCUUCAUAUGUAGAAGCCACCGCGACACCAUCGCCCGCACCCUCGGCCAGUCCCGGUCUGGUCGAGCGACCAGGCUCGAUCUACUCGAACUCGUCUGCCUCCUUGGCCGGCAGCGCGGCACCUAAGCGUGUCGGUCCGGCCGUGGCCCCGCGGCGGGGCGCCAAGAAAUUGCAGUACGUCGAAGCGCUGUACGACUACGAAGCUCGAAGUGAUGCGGAAUGGUCAAUGACGGAGGGUGAUCGGUUCGUCCUGGUGACACGAGACAGUGGGGAUGGAUGGGCGGAUGUCGAGCGAGGUGGGACUACCAAGAGUGUUCCGGCCAACUAUAUCCAGGAAGUAUAG